UUACCUCAUCGCCGAGUGACGUUCUCUGCAGCCAGCCAGGCUCAGGACCUGCAGGAUCCCUCCCAGCACAGCUACUAUGACAGCGGGCUGGAGGAAUCAGAGACCCCAAGCAGCAAAUCAUCAUCGGGGCCCCGCAUCGGGCCACUAGCCCUGCCUGAGGAUCACUACGAACGCACCACGCCCGAUGGUAGCAUCGGGGAGAUGGAGCACCCUGAGAACGAUCUCCGGCCUCUGCCCGAUGUAGCCAUGACUGGGACCUGUACCCGGGAGUGCACAGAGUUUGGCCACUCCGAUACCUGCUGGAUGCCCGGCCAGUCCUCCCCCAGCCGCAGGCCCAAGAACGCCCUCAAACUCUCCACUUUUGUGCCUUACCAAGACAGAGGGAGUCAAGAGCAAGUCGGGAAUGGCAGCCCCAGACUCUCAGAAGAGCGCAGCACCAAAAUGGCCAACCUCCGCCUGCUCCCCACGUACAGUGCCUUCUCCAAUAGUAGCCAUGAGCCCUGCAAGGACUCUCCCAUGGAGGAAAUUCCUCUCACCCAGACCUCGGACUUCCAACCAGCCACCACCCCCUCAUCCCAGACCACCAAGAGGGAGAUAUACCUGUGA